GCCGGCAGAGUGGGAGGGAGCAGCUCGAGUCCUCUGGGGCAGGCUGUUGAUGCCAGACGCCUGACUGGGCGGACCCACCGGCCAGCUGCCUCUCUCGAGUCAGGCCAGUGCUUGGGUCCCCUGCACCCACCCGCUGUCCGUGGGGCAGCCGCCUCCUGCUCGUCCGGCCAUGCGGUGGCUAUGGCCGAUAGCUGUCUCUUUCGCCGUGGUGUCGGCUGUGGGGCUGAGCAGAGUCUCUGGGGGUGCUCCCCUGCACCCGGGCAGGCACAGAGCCGAGGUCCAGGAGCAGCAGAGCCGGCCCAGGAGAGGCACUGAGGAUGAGGAGGCCAGGGGGGUGCAGCAGUAUGUGCCCGAGGAGUGGGCUGAGUACCCCCGGCCCAUCCGCCCUUCUGGCGUGCAGCCCACCAAGCCCUUGGUGGCCGCCAGCCCCGACCCAGACAAGGAUGGGGGGACCUCAGGCAGCAGGCAGGAGGCUCGGGGCAAUCUGACGGGGACGUCGGGUCGGAGGCUGCAGAUUCAGAACCCCCUGUACCCAGUGACCGAGAGCUCGUACAGGGCCUAUGCCAUCAUGCUCCUGGCCCUGCUGGUGUUUGCAGUGGGCCUCGUGGGCAACCUGUCCAUCAUGUGCAUCGUGUGGCACAGCUACCACCUGAAGAGCGCCUGGAACUCUAUCCUCGCAAGCCUGGCCCUCUGGGACUUCCUGGUCCUCUUUUUCUGCCUCCCUGUCGUCAUCUUCAAUGAGAUCACCAAGCAGAGGUUGCUGGGUGACAUUUCUUGCCGGGCUGUACCUUUCAUGGAGGUCUCCUCUCUGGGGGUCACCACCUUCAGCCUCUGUGCCCUGGGCAUCGACCGCUUCCACGUGGCCACCAGCACCCUGCCCAAGGUGAGGCCCAUCGAGCGGUGCCAGUCCAUCCUGGCCAAGCUGGCCGUCAUCUGGGUGGGCUCCAUGAUGCUGGCUGUGCCCGAGCUCUUGCUGUGGCAGCUGGUGCAGGAGCCCGCCCCCACCACGGGCACGGUGGACUCAUGCAUCAUGAAGCCCUCGGCCAGCCUGCCCGAGGCCCUGUACUCGCUGGUGAUGACCUACCAGAACGCCCGCAUGUGGUGGUCCUUUGGCUGUUACUUCUGCCUGCCCAUCCUCUUCACAGUCACCUGCCAGCUGGUGACGUGGCGGGUGCGGGGCCCGCCGGGGAGGAAGCCAGAGUGCCGGGCCGGCAAGCACGAGCCGUGUGAGAGCCAGCUCAACAGCACGGUGGCGGGCCUCACCGCGGUCUACGCCCUCUGCACCCUCCCCGAGAACGUGUGCAGCAUCGUGGUGGCCUACCUGUCCGCGGAGCUGAGCCGCCAGACCCUAGAGCUCCUGGGCCUCAUCACCCAGCUCUCCGCCUUCCUCAAGGGCGCCACCUCCCCCGUGCUCCUCCUGUGCGUCUGCAGGCCGCUGGGCCGGGCCUUCCUGGCCUGCUGCUGCUGCUGCUGGGAGUGUGGCCCGGCCUCUGAGCCCACGGCUGCCCCCGGCCCGGACAGCAAGCUCAAGACCGAGAUGGCCUCCCGCACCUACUUCCACAGGCCCAGGGAGUCACCCCCGCUCCUGCCCCUGGGCACGCCUUGCUGAGGCUAGGCCCCAGAGGGAGGCACGGAGCCAGGCAAGGUGUGCGGGACGCGGUGGGGAGCCGCCCCCGCUUGCGUCCAGGGUCACUGUCCCCACAGGUCUUGCUGGCUAGAGGGGGCCGUGGCUCCUUGUGCUGCGGGUGGGGCGUGCCAAAGCCCGCUCUCCCAGCAGGGCCUCCCCUGUCCUCAGGGGCCUUCCUGCCCUGUCCUCUCAGCUGGUGGGUGGGAUUCUUCCAGGCCUUUGGAACUGCCUAGGAACACUCAGUCCUGCUGGCCGGGAGCCAGACUUUCACCUGGCUCCAGCCCUGCUUCCGUUGUCUCGGACCUGACGAUAUCUCUUCUCACCCCCGUAACCCCCAUCCUGGAGCAGGGGGCUCUUCGGGGGCCAGCCCGGCUUGGCUCUUCCGGGGACUGGGUCCGUCCCAGGCCCAGAUGCUCCUCCUCUCGGCGCCUUCUCUUCCCUGGGAGUAUCUUUCUCCCUUCUUCCUCCUUUGAGGUACCCAGGUUGCCCUGUCUGGGCCCCCUUGUUAGUGACCCCCUGUAGAAGGCCCGUCUUGAAAAACAAUAAAUUAGGUAGCACUC